AUGGCGAAGCGACGCCGCAGGAGCUCCUCUAGCGAAAGGGAGGACCGGCGGGCGCCUCCUAACUCGUCUGAGGGACCAAAUGCGAAGUACGGAGAGACGAGUCAACCGACGAGCGUCCCAGCUGCUCGUCCUGUGAAACCCGUUACUGUUCAGGAAUUGAGGGCAGAACGAAAGAAACUCCUGAGCGAACAUUUCGGUUACAGUAACGACAACAACCCGUUUGGUGACCGGCUUCUGGCUGAACCCUUCGUUUGGAAGAAGAAGAAUCUGCUGCUGCAGGCAGCAGGAAAGAAGCACGCAACGACUGUCAAUGCCCUACUCACAACAUCCGUCAGCAAAGUGCAAGAAAUUAAGAGUGUGAAGAAGCGCAGGGAAGAAAGGGAAGCGGAGGAGCAGUUAAUGCAGGCACAGCGGGAGGAGCUGCAGCGUGAGAAGGAGAGAGAGCACUUUCAGGACUACUUCGAGAAGGAAGAAGUCUUUCACCGGCAAAUGCACAUGAAGAAAACCGAAAUAAGAGCCGAACAGAACAGAGAGCAGCCCAUAGAUUUUAUUGUCAAGGGUCUACGUAUGCUUAACGGGGAGCGAUUUGAAAAGGUCUCAGUGCUACCGGUGCCGCCCCAUGAGGUCUUCGAUUGCUUCAACAAGGAACCCAUGACUGUCCAAAUGAUAGAGGAGAUGCUGUCCGAUGUGAAACUUCACAUUGGAGUAGAUACAACGGCGGUAGAUAAGGACUACCAGGAUUUUUGGCAAGCCUUGUUAGUGCUGACCAAAGAUGCUCUUGAACGUGCUGAAAGAAAGCAAAAAGUGUUGGAAGAAUUGAGGAAAAAUUCGUCCGCGGAAGCUGCAGCGCAAGCUGCCGCUAUCUUGGCGAAUAAUACUUCAGUGGGAGACGUGAGGGAUGCAGACUCUGGCAUUGCUGUAGGAGUAACCUCGGAUAUCACCGCCAUCCUUAGCGGGAAAUCGCCAGAGGAAUUGGAUGCCCUGAAGGAAGGUAUCAAGCUGAAACUGGAGACAGAGGAGGAUGUGGACACAGCGUACUGGGAGUCUAUUCUGCAGAAGGUUCCUCUGUUCAGGGCUCGUGCGAUUUGUCUAGCGUACCACCAAAGGAUUCUCCAAAAAGCUGGCGAGCUGGACCACCAGAUGAAGUGCGAACGCGCAGAAGCAGAGGCAGCCUUGUUAAAGGCAAAGGCUGAGGAGGCAGGACUCACGGAUGAUUUGCUGGCGACAGAAGAGGAGGCUCGCCAGCAGCAGAAACUGCAGCAAAUACAAGAGCAGGCUAAACGCAUGGCUCGUGUUGUGGAGAAGGAAAUAAAUCCAGGUGCCGAUGGGAGCUAUUCUCCUGAGCUCGAGCCGUAUGAAGAUGAGGCGGAGGCGCCGAAACUCAGAGGGCCCUAUUCCCCUUUACUCUACCCUUUUGACGAAUUUCGCAUGGAAACCAACAUCUUACAUCCAGAUGAAGAACUUGAGCAAAGAAUGAAUGAAAGACGAAUUGCUAAACACCGAGAACGCGAGCGGCGUCUGAUUCAGCUAGGCCUUGAUAAGGACAAAAACGAAAAGGAAGAAGAAGAAAAUGACGACGAAAUUCUUGACCCUGCAGCUAAGAUUGUGACGUACGAGGACUUCGUGCGCAAGGAACAGAAGAACGCAAGCCCAGAUGAAGAGGUAAUGGCCGACUCGUCGGAAAUGAAGUUGAAACAACACUACGGAUGGGAGGAAAAGUACCGACCUAGAAAGCCACGGUUUUUCAAUCGCGUGCGCACGUGUUACUUUUGGAACAAAUAUAACCAGACUCACUACGACCACGACAAUCCUCCACCUAAGAUAGUGCAAGGGUACAAAUUCAAUAUAUUUUAUCCCGACUUGAUCGACAAGACCAAGACGCCUACGUGGACGCUCGAACCGUCAGACACGCCGGAUACGAUCAUUGUGCGGUUUCAUGCGGGUCCGCCGUACGAAGAUGUGGCAUUUAAGGUUUUGAACCGUGAAUGGCAUUUAGAGAGGUUUAGGGGUUUCCGAAACGUUUUUGACCGCGGCAUCAUGCAGCUGUAUUUCAGCUUUAAAAAAUACUGCUACCGGAGAUAG